AUGAACACCCGAAAGCGUACCGUGCAACCAUGGGAAGACAGAGCGCGAUCCCCGACGCCUAAGAAACUCCGCACCCGCUCUCCAUGCUCAUCCAAUGUCUCUGCCAGCCCACCCCAAGACGCUCCUGCGCCUGCCGCGCAAACCUGCAGUGGCCUCCUCACACCAGAAGCCAGCACAUUGACCGAAUCGCACUUCCCCUUCAUGAAGCUCCCCGCCGAACUCCGCAUCCACAUCUACCACAUGGCCCUCGUGCGCGAAGAUCCCCUUCUGCUGCACGCCGACCGCGCGCCCGAGAAACCCGAUGAAGACAACAACAAUUUCACUGCCUACGUCGGCACGCGCGGCCAGCAGCAGCAGCAGUCCACCUACGUGCCCGGCCGCGAACCACCCGGCCACGCUUUCCACCGGCCGCGGGCAGCAUCUGGUCCGGAGCGCGUACCGCUCUCUGAUCCCAUUGUGCCUGAGAUUCUACGGCUGAACAAGACGAUAUAUCGGGAGGCGCGGCAGGUGCUGUACAGCGACAAUGUCUUCACGCUCAGUCUGACAAGCGGCAUCCACACGCUGAGCACGCUGCACCAGCGCAGCAGGAGCCUGAUCAAACACGUUGUUCUCACCAUACCCUCGCACCACGAUAUCCUCGACGGCUUUGCCGAUCUCGUGCGCCUUGGCUUGCGGUAUUGCUGGGGGUUGAAAACGUUUAGGAUCAUACUGCUGGCUAGUCUGCCGGAUGAUGGGAGGGUGACCGGCGCGACGAGUGUGUAUGCGAAUGCGUUUCAUAUCCUGAGGUGGUUGCCAAGGGGUUGUAAUGUCGGGCUCGAGGGCAAUGUUAGUGAGACGGUUAAAAGGGUGGUUGCUGAGGAGGGGAGACUGCAGAAUGUGCUUGAUGAGGCGUCAUAUCUGAAGAGGCAGCAUCAGAUGCCUGAGAGGCACUAG